UACCACAUUUUGCAGUGUCUCCUGAGGAAGUCAGAAUCUGAGCCACCAUGACGACUGAGUCUUGUCUUUGUUCUGAUUUGUAAACUGUGCUUUCAUUCUGACCAUGUACAAGGUGGAGGUUAUAGCAUGGAAACUAAAAUCUUACUUCCUGCCUGACAUAACUCACUUCAAGAAGUGCACAAUGUCAGAACGUGGAAUUAAGUGGGCUUGUGAAUACUGUACGUAUGAAAACUGGCCAUCUGCAAUCAAGUGUACUAUGUGUCGUGCCCAGAGACCUAGUGGAACAAUUAUUACAGAAGAUCCAUUUAAAAGUGGUUCAAGUGAUGUUGGUAGAGAUUGGGAUCCUUCCAGCACCGAAGGAGGAAGUAGUCCUUUGAUCUGUCCAGACUCUAGCGCAAGACCAAGGGUUAAAUCUUCAUAUAGCAUGGAAAAUGCCAAUAAAUGGUCAUGCCACAUGUGCACAUAUUUGAAUUGGCCGAGAGCAAUCAGAUGCACUCAGUGCUUAUCCCAGCGUAGGACCAGGAGUCCCACAGAAUCUCCUCAAUCCUCAGGAUCUGGCUCAAGACCAGUUGCUUUUUCUGUUGAUCCUUGUGAGGAAUACAAUGAUAGAAAUAAACUGAACACAAGGACCCAGCAUUGGACUUGUUCUAUUUGCACAUAUGAAAACUGGGCCAAGGCUAAAAAAUGUGUUGUUUGUGAUCAUCCCAGACCUAAUAAUAUUGAAGCAAUCGAGUUGGCAGAGACUGAAGAGGCUUCUUCAAUAAUUAAUGAGCAAGACAGAGCUCGAUGGAGAGGAAGCUGUAGCAGUGGCAACAGCCAGAGAAGAUCACCGCCGACUAUGAAACGGGACUCGGAGGUGAAAAUGGAUUUCCAGAGGAUUGAGCUGGCUGGUGCUGUCGGCAGCAAGGAGGAACUUGAAGUGGACUUCAAAAAACUAAAGCAAAUUAAAAACAGGAUGAAAAAGACUGACUGGCUGUUCCUCAAUGCUUGUGUGGGUGUUGUAGAAGGUGAUUUAGCUGCUAUUGAAGCUUACAAAUCGUCGGGAGGGGACAUCGCCCGCCAGCUCACUGCAGAUGAAGUCCGCUUGCUGAAUCGCCCUUCUGCUUUCGAUGUUGGCUAUACUCUGGUACAUCUGGCUAUACGUUUUCAGAGGCAGGAUAUGCUAGCAAUAUUGCUUACAGAGGUGUCUCAACAAGCUGCAAAGUGUAUUCCCGCAAUGGUGUGUCCUGAACUGACAGAGCAGAUCCGUCGUGAAAUCGCUGCCUCUCUUCACCAGAGAAAGGGGGACUUUGCUUGCUAUUUCCUAACUGACCUUGUUACAUUUACAUUGCCAGCAGAUAUUGAAGACUUGCCUCCAACAGUCCAAGAGAAAUUAUUUGAUGAGGUGCUUGAUAGAGAUGUUCAGAAAGAGUUAGAAGAAGAAUCUCCAAUUAUAAACUGGUCAUUGGAAUUGGCUACACGUUUGGACAGUCGACUGUAUGCACUUUGGAACCGGACUGCAGGAGACUGCUUACUUGAUUCAGUGCUGCAAGCUACCUGGGGCAUUUACGACAAGGACUCGGUGCUUCGGAAAGCCCUGCACGAGAGCCUGCACGACUGUUCACAUUGGUUUUACACACGUUGGAAAGAUUGGGAGUCCUGGUAUUCUCAGAGCUUUGGUUUACAUUUUUCCUUGAGAGAAGAACAGUGGCAAGAAGACUGGGCAUUUAUACUGUCUCUUGCUAGUCAGCCUGGAGCAAGUUUGGAGCAGACCCACAUUUUUGUACUUGCACAUAUUCUUAGACGACCAAUUAUAGUUUAUGGAGUAAAAUAUUAUAAAAGUUUUCGGGGAGAAACUUUAGGAUAUACUCGGUUUCAAGGUGUGUAUUUGCCUUUGUUGUGGGAACAGAGUUUUUGUUGGAAAAGUCCGAUUGCUCUGGGCUAUACAAGGGGCCACUUCUCUGCUUUGGUUGCCAUGGAAAAUGAUGGCUAUGGUAACCGAGGUGCUGGUGCUAACCUGAACACCGAUGAUGAUGUCACCAUCACAUUUCUGCCUCUGGUUGACAGUGAGAGGAAGUUACUCCAUGUGCACUUCCUUUCUGCUCAGGAGCUAGGUAACGAGGAACAGCAAGAGAAGCUGCUCAGGGAGUGGCUGGACUGCUGUGUGACGGAGGGGGGCGUUCUCGUGGCCAUGCAGAAGAGCUCUCGGCGGCGAAAUCACCCCCUGGUCACGCAGAUGGUGGAGAAAUGGCUUGACCGCUACCGGCAGAUCCGGCCCUGUACAUCCCUGUCUGAUGGAGAGGAAGACGAAGAUGAUGAAGAUGAAUGAAAAAAAAAUCUGAGAACAGAAGACCAGGGUAUCCGCUCUGUGGGGGACCCCACUUGAGUGUGUUGCUCCAAGCAGAGCACACAGCGUGGAGUGAAGCGAACCUGGCAUCUGCUUGGAAGGGUUUCCUCUGAUCCACACCCAACAGAGCCGAUGUGUCUGCUGCAUGAGGAGACAGAGAGCUUUGGACUACAGUUUGUAAAAAAGAAAAAAACUAAUUUUAUUAAGACAGAACUUUUUUCCUUUCAGAUUGUAAAUCUGUCUAUAAAUGUAACGCAUGUGGUUGUGUAAGAAGUUGUGUAAUAGGACAAGUUGUACCAGCAUCUUCAUAUUAUUGAGAAGUUUUUCCAGCAUGGGCACCUCCAAAAGCACAUGGCAGGUCACUCUUUGUUCCUUUGAGAUAAUUCUUUUUAAAGUAGAACCUGGCAUUCUACUUCCAUCUUAAAAGAUCCAUUUUACAUUCUGUCUCACUAGAGCUCGUUAGAGAUUUGGAAACUUUUUGUACAAAUUAUCCAUAGCAAAACAUAAAAAUAAAAACAAGCUUUUAUUUUUUAUUAGUAAUUUAGCUCCUGUUGUGCCCAAUAAAAUCAAAUCUUUAAGGAACAAA